AUGCUAAACCCCAGAGGACCCGCGGAAGGUUCGUCCGUAGAAGACAUGAAGGAACUACCGCCCGACGAGGCAAACUCGAGUAGAACUGUUCAGCUCGGGACAUCAUUGAACCCUGAGCAGCGGUCCGAAGUGCUAGCCUUCCUACGGUUGAAUGUGGACCUGGAUCACAAACUUGUAAAGCAAAAGAGGAGACCGUUCGACACCGAGCGGUACAAAGACAAAGCCGAUGAAGUCUCUACUCUAUUCGAUGCUGGUUUCAUAAAGAAGAUCGCGAUGCACCCUCUAGACAAGCAGAAGACUAUCUUCAUCACGGAUAAGGGACUUUACUGUUACCGGGUCAUGCCAUUUGGCUUGAAAAACAUUGGGGUCACGUAUCAAAGGCUGGUGAAUCAAAUGUUCGCCAAGCAGAUCGGACAUAUAAUGGAAGUGUACGUCAACGACAUGCUAGUAAAAAAUGUCAGGGCGGCCAACCACCUAACAGACCUUAGAGAAACUUUUACCAUCCUCCGAGAAUACUAG